AUGAAAGAGGCUGAACUCUGUUUUCCACAAUUCCUCAAUGACUCCUGCAGAAUCCCAGAGACUCCUAACUUCAGCUUUUGGUGUCUUUACAUUGUUCUGUUCUUCUUGUGUCUUGUCACCACCGCUCUCAACAUGCUGGUCAUCCUCUCCAUCUCACACUUCAGGCAGCUCCACACUCCCACCAACAUCCUCCUCCUGUCUCUGGCUGUCUCAGACCUUCUUGUGGGUAUCUUAGUGAUGCCGUUUGAGAUCAUCCUGAAGGAGACCUGCUGGAUCCUGGGAGACUUCAUGUGUGUGCUUUAUUUUUUGGUCCCCAUCACAAUCAUCUCUUCCUCCGUGGGGAACAUGGUGCUCAUAUCAAUUGACCGUUAUGUGGCGAUCUGUGACCCUCUGCAUUACCCGAGGAAGGUGACCCUCAGACGGGCUUCCCUGUGUGUGUCUGUGUCUUGGGGUUCUGCUGCUCUCUACAGCGUCAUCCUGUUACAUGAAAACCUGAUGGAGCCGGGGAGGUAUAUUUCCUGCAGAGGAGAAUGCUUUAUCAACAUAUCAGGAACUGUUGAUCUAGUAGUCAGCUUCAUUGUUCCCAUUUGGGUCAUCGUUGUUCUGUAUGUGAGAGUAUUCGUGGUGGCUGUGUCUCAGGCUCGAGCCGUGAAGCACCAAACCAAGCGCCUGAAAACCGUGAAAGCCAAAAAGUCCGAGAUGAAAGCAGCCAUCACUCUGGGGAUCCUCGUAGUCGUGUUUCUGCUGUGUUACUCUCCUUAUUACUGCGUCUCUCUGUCAGGACAUGAAAUCCUGAUCGGCUCCUACUCUGAGGUCUUCAUGAUUUUUCUGAUGUAUUUUAAUUCCUGUCUCAACCCUGUCAUCUACGCUCUCUUCUACCCCUGGUUCAGAAAGGCCAUGAGACUGAUCCUGACAGGUCAGAUGCUGCGUCCCGGCUCACGAGAGGUCAGAGUGCUUUAG